AUGGUUUCGGUGGAGGAUCCGUUAUCCCAUUCGAAUUCUACUCGCUUUCCGCUCACAACUGACUUUUGCGGUUCAUCUUCGCCGUCGGCGGCGAGGUUACACCGUCAAACUGGCCGCUCUAUGAGGACUGUAAGAUCUAAUUUCUAUCAAAGCGGCGAUCAGGCUUUCUCGUUCGUCGGCUCCGUCGGCGAUAAAUCGGAGUAUGCUUCCGAUUACCUCUCGGAUUCCGUUAUCGACAUGAGGCUCGGCGAGCUUGCUUUGAAGAACAGUAACUCACUCGAUUCAUCCGCUUCCUCACUCAAGGAGGAAGCCUUCCUCGACAUUUCUCAGGCCUUCAGUGAUUUCUCCGCCUGUAGUAGCGAUAUCUCCGGCGAGUUACAGCGUCUCGCUUGCCUGCCGUCCCCUGAAUCCGAGAGAAAGGAGAACGUCGGAGAUGACGAAGCGCAGGAUCCAGAGCCGUGUCUAGGGUUUCUCCAGAGGGAAAACUUCUCUACGGAGAUUAUUGAGUGUAUUUCUCCUGAAGAUCUCCAGCCGACGGUGAAACUCUGCAUCGACGGACUUCGCUCCUCUUCGGUGGCCAUCAAGCGAUCUGCUGCAGCGAAGCUACGGCUCCUGGCGAAGAAUCGGGCGGAUAACCGUGUGCUGAUAGGGGAAUCUGGAGCCAUUCAAGCUCUGAUCCCACUUCUUCGUUGCAACGAUCCAUGGACACAGGAGCACGCGGUCACAGCUCUAUUGAAUCUCUCUUUACACGACCAGAACAAAACCGUAAUCGCCGCCGGAGGAGCAAUCAAAUCACUUGUUUGGGUCCUGAAAACGGGGACCGAGACUUCAAAGCAGAACGCCGCAUGCGCGUUGCUCAGCUUGGCGCUCGUGGAGGAGAACAAAGCCUCGAUCGGAGCCUGUGGCGCGAUUCCGCCGCUUGUUUCUCUUCUGCUUAACGGAUCUUGCAGAGGCAAAAAGGAUGCGCUUACAACACUCUACAAGCUGUGCACGCUUCAGCAGAACAAGGAGAGAGCGGUUACCGCCGGAGCAGUGAAGCCGUUGGUGGACCUCGUGGCGGAGGAAGGGACUGGAAUGUCGGAGAAGGCGAUGGUGGUUUUGAGCAGCCUUGCAGCGAUUGACCAAGGCAAAGAGGCAAUCGUCGAGGAAGGAGGGAUCGCAGCUCUCGUGGAGGCUAUUGAGGAUGGAUCGGUAAAAGGGAAAGAAUUUGCGGUCUUGACGCUGUUGCAGCUUUGUGCAGAGAGCGUCAGAAACCGUGGGUUGCUUGUGAGGGAAGGCGCGAUUCCUCCGCUUGUGGGUCUCUCUCAGAGUGGCUGCGUCAGUGUUAGAGCUAAGCGCAAGGCAGAAAGACUUCUGGGGUAUCUUCGGGAGCCAAGGAAAGAGGGGUGCUCAUCAAGCCCUUGA